AUGACAAGCAGGGUCAGCAAAGGCUGUCAGCUAACCGGCGCAGCGACCGAUCCAUGCAUCUCGAAGAAGCAGCAUCAGCACGUUUUGCAGAGAGCGGCUGUGGUUGGCCAGGAGGAUCGUGAUAUCGCCGCACGUGGUUGGCGAGAGGGUGUCGCGCAAAAAGGAGGGUGUACGGCCGACUGGAUGCAAUGGUACCUAGGAGUCCCCCGAGCGGGUCGAUGGGUCAAUUCGGGGGGAAGUGGGUGUGGAUGGGGUGGGGGCAGCACGGCCCCGUCCGACCCGACUAGGACUAGUGGCCUGUUGGUGAUGGUUCAUAUGGCCUAUGGAAGGUGUGAGUUGAUGGCGGAGGCCGAAUCUACAGGUUUUCGGGCGGACCUGAGCCAUUGUGCUUGUGCAAGCUGGGCUCAAAAGGUGGUGGACGUGAUGCAAUGCUAA